GGAGUGGUACUCAUAUCACUUUCCAGAGCUGGUGAAGAUUGUCAACGAUAAUUAUAUGUUUGCAAAACUGACCGGUUUGAUUGGUGACCGCACCAAGCUGACACCAGAAAUGGAAAGCCAGAUUGAAGAAGUUGUUAUGGACAGUGCUAAGGCCAGAGCAAUUAUGGAGGCAGCCAAGUCUUCUAUGGGUAUUGACAUAGGAACAAUUGAUCUGAUUAACAUCCAGAUGUUUUCUAAGCGAGUGCUCAGUCUCGCCGACUACAGGAAGACUCUGGCCGACUACCUUCACAAUAAAAUGGUCAGCGUGGCCCCAAAUCUGGCUGCACUCAUUGGCGAGCAGGUUGGUGCUCGACUGAUCUCCCAUGCUGGCAGCUUGACUAACCUGGCUAAAUAUCCUGCAUCGACAGUACAGAUUCUAGGAGCAGAGAAAGCUUUGUUCAGGGCUCUCAAGACCAGAGGCAACACCCCCAAGUAUGGACUCAUAUUUCACUCCACCUUCAUUGGGAGAGCUGGAGCUAAAAAUAAAGGUCGCAUAUCUCGUUACCUGGCCAAUAAGUGUUCUAUAGCCUCAAGGGUUGACAACUUUUCUGAUGUCCCCACUUCUGUCAUUGGUGAACACUUGCGACAGCAGGUUGAGGACAGGCUCAAGUUCUACGAGACAGGGGAGAAUCCUGCCAAGAACAUUGAUGUCAUGAGACAGGCAGUCGUCGAGGCCCAAGGAGCGAGGGAGAAAGCAUUGAAGGUACAGAAGAAGCUGGACAAAAAGGAGAAAAAGCGCAAACAGGCAAUGCGAAGUGACACAGAAGAAGCCACCGCAGAUGACACAAUGAAUGAUACAGCUGAUCUGGAAAACGGUGAGCCACCAAAGAAGAAGAAAAAAAAGAAGAAGAGCAAGGGUGAGCUGGAUGAAUCAGCAGUCAACUCAACUUUGGAUGAUUCACAAGCUCUGUUGAAUGACUCCAAAGCAGAUGGGUCUUUGGUAAAGAAAAACAAGAAGAAAAAGAAAGGAAAGCACGAGGACAGUCUCAAUGGGACCCAGGAAGAAAUGGUGGAGGUGAACAAUGAGUCGCCAAAGAAGAGCAAGAAGAAGAAGAAUAAGGCCGAGGAAAGUAUGGACGUGAGCGUGUCUCUGGACACCACUCAAGAAGGUGAUGUUUCCAUUAACAAGAAGAAGAAAAAGAAGAGGACAAAGAGUGAAAAUAACUAG